UCUAGUGUUUGAUCCAUGUCUUGUGAUGAAUGCUCCAUGGGUGUCUAAAUAUGGGUUUUCUCUGUUUUUUAUCUCAUGUGAAAAACCGGAUUUUUCCUUUUUUCUUUUUUGUUGUUUGUAUUUAUUUCUUGUUCUCUUCCUCCCUUCUAUCACUCUGAGAUUAUUCAAUCAGUAUGGUUUUUUUAUUGUACUCUGAAAGUGAUUCAAUACUAUGCUCCCUUUGUUGUCUUGGGAUCUUAAAUUUUGAGAACCUCAUCACUUUCUUCUCGAAAAGGUUCUAAAUAUUGUGAGAUUUUAAAAGAGUUGUAAUUUGAGAGCAAAGAUCUCACAUUGAGUUUUUACUGAUUCUUCCACUAAGAUUAAUUGCUGGAAUUCUAACCACCAAUAUUCAAUGGAGUUUGUUGCAGUUGAAAUCUCACCUGGAUUUCUUUCUCCUUUCUUUUCCCCCUUAUUUUCUCCCUUAUCUUUUUGUGAAUGUGUUCUUCUCAUACAUAUGAUGGGUAUUGCUACUGAGACGCGAUAUCUAAACGCAAGUAACCGGGAGCUCUAUGCUCCGAAUGAAGCUCAGCUCUCUUCCGAUAAUCCCAAUCCAUCAGCAACUGAAAACAAAGAUGUGUGCCAGCUGCUACAAUUUGCUUUCCAGGAGCUAAAGUCUGCAACAGGAAACUUCCGGCCGGAUAGUAUUCUUGGGGAAGGUGGAUUUGGAUAUGUCUUCAAAGGAUGGAUAGAGGAGAAUGGGACAGCACCUGCAAAACCUGGGUCAGGGAUUACAGUGGCUGUCAAAAGUUUGAAGCCAGAUGGUCUUCAAGGCCAUAGAGAAUGGGUGGCAUUUUCCCAAACGCAGGCUGAGGUAGGCUUCCUUGGACAGCUUCACCACCCUAAUCUUGUUAAACUUAUUGGGUACUGCAUUGAAGAUGACCAGCGACUGCUUGUUUAUGAAUUUAUGACCCGUGGAAGCCUUGAAAAUCACCUUUUCAGAAGGACCAUACCUCUUCCGUGGUCCAACAGGAUUAAGAUUGCACUUGGUGCAGCAAAAGGGCUGGCCUUUCUCCACGAGGGUCCUGAACCUGUUAUUUACAGGGACUUCAAGACGUCCAACAUUUUACUUGAUUCGGAAUAUAAUGCAAAGCUUUCAGAUUUCGGUCUGGCAAAAGCUGGCCCUCAGGAAGGUGACACACAUGUUUCAACAAGGGUUGUUGGAACAUAUGGCUAUGCUGCUCCCGAAUAUGUGAGGACAGGACACUUGACAUCUAAGAGCGAUGUUUACAGCUUUGGGGUUGUGCUACUUGAGAUUUUAACUGGUAGAAGAUCAAUGGACAAGAAACGCCCUCGCGGGGAACAGAAUCUUGUUGCAUGGGCUAGGCCUUAUUUGGCUGACAAGCGAAAGCUUUACCAAAUAGUUGAUCCCCGCCUGGAACUGAAUUACUCCCUUAAAGGGGUGCAGAAAGUCUCUCAGUUAGCUUACAACUGCCUCAGUGCGGACCCCAAAUCCCGCCCUUGCAUGGAUGAAGUUGUAAAGGUUCUCACUCCGUUGCAAGACCUCAACGACCUUGCCAUCCUAUCUUAUCACUCCCGCUUAUCUCAGCAAGGGCGACGCAAGAAGAAACCGGAUGGAACUCCACAGGUCACCUACAACCAGUCCAAAAGCAUGAGAGGCUCUCCAUUGAACACUGGUAAGCAGCAUUGUAGAUAAUGGGUAGUCAAUUCCUGGCCCAAAUUUCAGUUGAAACAAAUGUUGAGAUGCCACCUCUAUAGAAAUGGGUUGUGUGAAGACAAUAUUUCAAGUUUUUGGUAUAAUUUUUUGGGUGUUUGAGAUUCGCCAAAAGGAAAAUGGAAGAGGAAACGUGCAUCAUUUUCCUUUUCUUUAAUAGAGUUGAGAGCUAACCGUUAUUGUGGAUCAAUCGUUGCCAUUUUCCAGUGCUGUAACUGAGAUAUAUCAUUGUAAUUAGAUAAAUCCUUGCAUUUCCAAGAUUGUUAUUUGCAGCUUCUUUAAUGUCUACUGCUUUGAGUAUUGGGAAUUUCAUUUUGCUUCUUGUGUAA